UAUCGUUUGUUUCUUUUUCCCGCUCUUUUUCAGCCAUACGAAUCCAAUCCGCUUUUUAUAUAUCAAAUCACAAGCCCAACCCACCCACACUUGCUGCUGGCAAGCUCACCACUCAGCAACAAAAUGGCCGAGUACACGUUCCGGGAGCUGUCCGAGUACGACGACGUGAGCACAGAUGUUGUGGUGGAUACACUGCUGGGGUUUCAGACGCACAAGAUGGCGCCGCGGUACCGCCCCAGACACGCCGUCGCACAAACCGUUGCUGCUGCAGUGACUGCGCUGGGCGAUCUCACACCACCCAUCGUGCCGGGCACGCAGCUGUCGGCCCAGCACGAGGAGAUCCGCGCGCGCAGGCAGGCCACCGCGUUCGCCAUCCUCUGCCGCGAUCCGUGGGCUGCUCCGUACCUCGCCACCAAGACGCCAGAGCAGCAGGACGCAUUCAAGCAGCACAUGCUGCGCUACCUGGGCGUCUUCCAGCCGGCGUCGGGCGUUCUGAUCGUCCCAACCAACCGCUAUUCGCAGGAUUCACGCCAGGGCGCCAAACUGUGUGCCAGCCGUCGAUGGCAUAAAGGCGAGAUCAUUCCGUUGUUGUGUGGAUGCAUUGCCGAAAUCACACCUCAAGAGGAGAAAUCGCUGCUUCGGGCUGGUCAAAACGAUUUCAGUGUCAUGUAUUCGACGCGGAAGGAGAUUGCUCAGCUGUGGCUUGGCCCUGCAGCGUACAUUAAUCAUGAUUGCAGUCCAAGCUGCAAGUUUAUUCCCACAUCCAAGAAUACAGCUUGCGUGCUGGUCUGCAAGGACAUUGAUAUUGGCGAGGAGAUUACGUGCUACUAUGGUCGUCAUUUCUUUGGCGAAGAGAACGAGCAUUGCGAAUGCCACAGUUGCGAAAUUGGCCAAAACGGAAAGUUCUCACGGACAGACUCGCAAUCAUCGACUGAUGGCGAAACCGAUAGCUCUGAAUCCGAAGCCAGUUCCAGCAACAACCAACCUAGCAACCGUAAUUCGUACAAUUUCCGAAGAAAGCACAAGGCUAGCUUGACCAAGCACCACGAGCCCUUAACCCAUCCUGUACUGGCCUUGCGGGCCGCAGCCAAAGUUUCUCCGUUGAAGCGCGCGGCUGUUUCAGAGUCCGACACUCCAACCGCCAAGGCAAAGCAGCCACAGUUGGCUGAAAAGGCGACCGCUGCAUCCUCUGCCAUUGUUAAGAAAGGAGCAAUCCAACUGACCGAAGAGGCGAAACGGGGGACCAAGACGUCCGCCGGUGCUCGAGCGAGCAGUUCUGCUGCAUCCCCCAAAUCCCAAGCCACUCCCACCACCAAGCCGAAACUAGAGACACCUGUUAAAUCUUCACCCGCGUCGUUGGAGCCGCAAACCGCAGCUGAUCUUUCAAAGCAUCAACAGCGACAGCUGCAAUCUGCACGGUCGAAAGACCGAGAGCUGUUGACCCUGGGCGCCGUACGUAAACUUGUGUUUGUCAAACCAUUCGACAAUCCCUCGUCCUGGUGGUACCCAGCAAUGAUUGUACCCACACGAGAGCUUGAUGUGACCAUGCCGGUGCCCCAAGAAGGCGAUUGUGUUGUCCGGUACUUUGAAGACAACUCCUUCUCGGCUGUGGCAUUUAAGCAUGUGGAGGAAUUUGCACCGCAAUCGCGAUUUUACAAGCGCUUGGCGAGCGAAUUUGGGUCUUCUUUCCGCACCAGCAAAGGCGUUCGACUGGCCACUGAGUGCUACAACAGCGAAAACCUUGUUCGUGUCCCGAAAAAGUUCAUCUGGCGGCACUGGGGUCAAUCCGAUCUCGAUGAGCAGAGGAUGGCACAGCUCCGAUCUGCGGGCGGGAACCUUCCCGAUCCUGCGACCUUUGGGCCGCGAAGUUGCUUUGUGUGCCACACUACACCAGCAGUCUCGCGGCCGCUUCGUCCGUCUGACGACAUUCCCUCACCCCUUGUGAACGUCCGACACGAAUCGCUCUAUGCUGCCGAGCUCGUUCGCCUUGAGGUUUUUUCAGACGAACACGGCGAUCUCGAUGCACAGAGCUACUCGAUUUCGAGCGCCGAUGCUUCCGAUAGCGACGUCUCCUCGGAUACCGAUGGCGAUAGCGUGAGCGCUUCUGUGGUCGGAGAGGACUCUGAUGUUCCGUCAGAGGGCGACAACCAAUUCGAUGGAGACGAGAGCCAAGACGUCGACGUUGAAAAUGACGACGACGACCCCAAUGAUGAAGCCGAGGUCGACGAUGACGACGAAUUGAUUGACUUUACCGAUGACGAAGCCGACAACAGCGGUGUCGUGGAUGCAGCAGAUGUCGAUGAAGAGGACGUCCAUGACGAAGAAGAAGUCAAUGACGAUGAAGACGACGAGACCAGUGACGACGAUGACGACGACGAUGAGGUUGGUUCCAAUGAAAGCGAUUCGGAGCGUGCAGAGGAGACUUCCUCGGCAAUGCAGCUCAGCAACGGCACGCCUCGAAAGCGGCUGUCUAAGAAGAGCCUGUUUGUGUGCGGACGGCACUGCGAAGUGCGGUACAUCAGCUAUCCAGUCACAUACCGUGAUUGGGUUCCGUACUCUUUGGUGAUUCAACCGAAAUCGCGAGGACGGCCUCCUCAUGUGCAUCCACCAGAGCGCGGGGUUCGCAAUCGGGGUCCGCUCUGUUUCCGACCUCCAGAGCCAGAGCCAACACCCAGCCCGCUGUUGAGUUCCAAGCGACCGCGCGGUCGACCGCGAAAAUAUCCGCUGGGUCCCGACGGCAAGCCAAUCCGCGUGCCGCUUUCCUCUCUACCUUCAGGGUUGGCGCACAAAACCGCGGCGUCAAAGCAGCCUCGCACAACCACUCAGUCCCCGAAAGUUCAAGCGUCCGCGAUGCGUGCUCCUCCAGCAGCUGCGACAGCGCCCAAGCCACCAGCAACUCCCAAGCGAAGGCCGACCGAACAAGCGACGACACCAGUGGAAACAAUGCAGCAAGCAGUCUCGACGGUACUGUCGCGAUCCGGCACACCUCACCGAGCAAAGCGCCGCUUCCCAGACGAGGAGUAUGCUGUGCUCACUCCCAGAAGCAAAAGCCCUCGAGUAAACUGAAGUGGCGUUGCUGUCGAAUGUCGAUUCAUGCUGGUAAAAUAGUCAAUAAUAAUAAUUCUGAGGA